AUGUCGAAUACGCUUAUAUUUGAUAAUGGAUGCAGCACAAUCAAAGCUGGAUAUGUUACCGAUGAGAAACCGAGACUGCUUCCAAACUCGAUUGUGAAAACAAGGUCAGAGAGGAAACGAGUUUAUGUGGCCGAUGAGGUCGACGAGUGCCGUGAUCAUUCCAGUAUAUUUUUCUCAUCACCUGCUGAAAAGGGUUACAUUGUAAACUGGGAUGUGCAGCAGAAAAUCUGGGACCGUGUUUUUGGAGCAGAAGCUUUAAAUGUCUCAUUCUCGGAUACACGUAUCGUUAUGACUGAUCCAAUCUACAAUGUGCCGGCAAUACGGGAUUUUUCCGAUGAAAUACUUUUCGAGCAGUACGGUUUCCAUUCACUAGCCAAAGCAAGCGCUUCUUCGCUUGUUGCAUUGGCCGAUACAGUGGAUCAAGAAUACAAAGAUGAACUGUGUUGUGUUGUUGUGGAUUCGGGAUUCUCAUUUACACAUAUCGUGCCCUACUACAAAGGGAAAGCAAUACGUGAUGCUAUUUUAAGGAUAGAUAUUGGAGGCAAAGUGCUGACAAAUUUACUGAAAGAAUGGAUCUCAUAUAGACAGUUGAACGUGAUGGAAGAAACCUAUGUGUUGAAUGAAUGCAAGGAAGAUGUUUGCUUCGUUGCGGACGAUUUUACAAAACAUAUGAAAAUUGCUGAAUGCUGUGGAAGUGAGAAUACGGUUGUUUGCGACUACAUCCUUCCGGAUUUUGCAACGCACAGCCGUGGAUUCAUCCGCACUCCUGAGACUGGCAACACCGACGAUUUCCAGAAGCUGAGGCUUAAUGUAGAAAGAUUCGCCGUUCCGGAAACUCUCUUUUCUCCGGCAGACAUCGGAAUUUCUCAGAUGGGCAUCCCGGAAGCCAUUGCUGCAGCUGUAAAAAAUUGUCCAUAUGGUGAUUUUUGUCGCGCAAUUUUUUAA